CGAGCUUGUGCGUGACGUCACUUCCGCAAUAAACAUCACCGCUUUACUGAGAACAGUGUGGGGUAAUGACAACAAGAUUAUGUUGACGUUUAAUAGCGUGUGUGGGCAAAUAUAAUUUUACUACGAGGAAUUUUCACAUGUUAGGAGGGUUUUUGGCAUUAUAAUGACGUAAGGCGGCCACUUGGAUAGAAAGGUCGCUCCUUCAGAGCUAAAACUGCCAGUGUUGACGCCUCAGCUGCGUUCAUCUGCUGCCCGGGUGUCUUAUUACAAUCUGAAGAAGGCUAAUGAGUCUGCCUUCUUCCGAAAUGAGCCAGGACGUCCCUAUCCAUAGCUGGCCCGGCUCCUAUUACAUCAACAGUCAGAAGCGGUGGGAAAAUGGCACCCUGUCCCUCACCAGGACCAUGGUGCGCUUUGUCUCUAACCAGAGUAAGGAGAGUCUUGUCAGCUUCCGCCUCUCCAGGAUCAUGGAGAUCAAGAUGGAGUCAUCCAGUUUCAUCUUCAGCUCUCUCACAGUGCUUGAAGAGGGCAAUGUGAAACACUGGUUUAGCUCCCUUAAGCCCAACAGGGUGGUGGUUUAUAAUGUGUUAGAACAUUUCUGGAGAGAACGCCUUCUUUCCCCCAGCUCAGAGGCCAGAGGGGCUGAAUGUCAACCCUCUAAAGGCAGAGAGCUGAUCAACCUGGUGGCAGGGGCCCAGAGAAGACUGGAGGACACCGGCAGAGUUCUCAGCCAUCAGGGAGAGCAGUUUGACAGUAUGAUGCAGGGACUGGAAAAGAUCGACUCUGAUCUUGGCGUGGCUGAUAAACUUUUAUCAGAGCUGGAGUCUCCCUCCUGGUGGCCUUUUGGUAAACUCCCAUGGAAGACUCAGCAGGAAGCCAAAGCUGAAGAUGCUGCAAAAGCUGCAGCCACUGCUGCCACUGCAGCUGGGAAAGGCUCCGCUAGAAAUAAGGUGAUCGCAAGCAUCCCAGCUGUAGUGACCAAAGGCGGGGAUUCAGACUUAAAACCUGGAUGUUUGGUGGUGCUGGUGUCCUCACUGGAGGUGCGAGACACAAACUGCCAACUCCUUCACCGCUUUGAACGAAAUGAAGUUGACGAAAUCAGAGUGCGCAGUCCUUAUGAGAUCACUGUUAGACAGCGGUUCAUUGGGAAGCCAGACGUAUGUUACAGGUUCCUGUCUGCCAGGAUGCCAGAGGCAAUGUCAGUGUUGGAGAUGCAGUACAAAAAGAAGGUGGAGUUCACCAGUGAAUACACUGCUUUCAGGUCAACUCCUGUUUCAUCUCCAUGUGACACAGAGGGGCCGAACUGGAAUGAAGGUUUUCAGCAGAGGUGCCAAGAGACAGAGCUCCCACUGGAGGUCCCAGCAGGAGAUCUGUCCCAGUUGCAGGUGCAUGUCCUCCAGCCAUCUGUCAGUCAGGCUGAGGCCCAGGAACUCAAACAGAUGCUGAUGCAGCUGAAGAACCUCGCCCUGGAGGCAGAGACAGAGCUGGAAAGACAGGAUGAAGUUCUGGACGUCCUGACCAGCUCCACCGACCGAGCCACCAUGCACAUAGAGAAGCACACUUGCCGCAUGAAGAGACUGCUGUAGCUUUGACAGCGCAGUAGACACAAUGCGGUGACGGCGUUUUUCCGAGAAAUGCACUGUAAGCUUCCUCAUUGUCCUCGUGGGAUUGGUACAGAGUAAGAGCACUGGAAUACAGCAGCAGGGACUUGCAUAUUGUCUCAAUGGUUCUUGGGAUUUUUGUUGCAGUUUCUUUUUGAUGGAAUAAUCACAUAAACACAUGGGCUCAACUGUCAGUGAUCUCUGGGAAAGGCAGCAGUGUUUGCUUAACAGUUAAGAUGUUCAACAGAAUCCCUGAAACUGGAACAUAAGGCAUUAUGACUUUAAAGAAGAAAAGAAAUUCUAAAUAGUAAAUGAUGAUUUUCUUUAAGAGAAAUUAUGUGCCUCACAUGUGUUUCAUAGAUUUCUUCAAGUUUGUCUUCCUUUUGUCAUUAUUUCUUUUGAAACAGUUCAGAUAUGUAUGACUGAGAUACUUUUAUCACCAUUUGGUUCAAAAUCUUUUGAGAGAAAGGAAGAAAAAAUGACCAGUAGUUGUUGGUUCAUUACCAAAAUGGGCACCUGAUUGCCACAGAGGAGAAAGAACUGACCCAGCACCAGGUUUGUUGACUGAAAGUAAUGCUUAUGGAUCAGCUCAGCCAGUUUGCUUGUGGCUGUAAGACAGUGAGUGAUCACAUACUUGUGCACUUGUGACUCUGAUCAGUUGUGGCAGUGGGAUUUUGGAUGGGGGGGGUUGGGAUAGCAUGAAACCUCAUUGCAUGUCCCCAGUGAAAUUAGCGAGUCAAAAAAGCAGUGUAAACCUUCCUGGAGCCAGCAGCAAAUAAAAUCACUACUCUAUUUAUCCUCUCCACACACACAAAAAAAUGAAGACUGACUGUAAUAGACUGACAAGUGAAGUUUUCCAGUGUCAUCACAGUAAUAUCUGUGUUUUGAUGAUGUACUGCCACUCUUCUGUGUUAGGGCACGCUCAGGUCCUAGAUGUCACAUAUCCUGUCAAAACGGUUUCCCUGUGGCUUGAUGUUGCAUGUCUCAGUAUUGCUGCUUUGUAUUGCAUCAAGUGAAAAUGUCCUAAUAUAUAGCAGAAGACUAUAAAUGUGCAACUAGGUUCUGGGACUCCAAUAGUCAACACUCGCUCUCUUUUAAUAUCAUACAUUCAAUACUCCAUGUUAAGGUCUACAUCUACUGUAUAUGUCUCACUGAUGACUGAUACUAUUCUAAAUCUGUAUUAUCUGUAAAUGACUGACACAUGUAUUGUAAUUCUGUGAUUUUUAUUGUGGUAUGUUAUCACAGUGAUUUUGCAAUUAGCUGUGAGUUUCACUUGAAAUAUCUUUACCAUGUUUUUAAAACAAUAAUUUCAGUGCUGUAAGGAGGCAUCUUUCUGCUGAUGAUACCAAAUGUAUCCUGACACUGGAUAAAACUCAAUGGUUAGCUCUAAUUAUAAAGGGAAAAACACACCUGCAUCUUUCUUAUAGCAAACGAAUAAAUUAAUAAACAAAUGAACACACCUGGCA